AUGUCUCAAGGAACGGCCUGGUGCAUCUUCGACAAGACAGGCGAGAGAUACAACUAUGGUACUCUCAAUUUUCGAACACCGGAAAGUACACUUGGAGCGACUAAGUGGAUUGAGUUGGGGAGAAGUGUCGCCCCGAAUUUUGUUUUUAUCCCAUUGGUAUUACACGAUCCUUUGUCAUACCAAGUUUUCAGUUCCCCAGCCUUUCCACAUAAUUUUCAAGAAGACGGCAAACGGAAAUAG